AUCAGUGGUCGUAAUCCCAACGCAACAAAUGCCGGCUCUUUGAGCGAAGAGGAGAAGGAUCUGAUGAAUCGAGUGGUUCGGGUGUCUGUGCCGACCACACGAACCCGUCUCGAGACAGUGACCGGAGUUAAUGAGAUCUCUUCGUCGGAGAUAUUUGCCCAAAGGUUGCAGAGUUUUUAUCCGUCGUGUUCUGUACCCAAUCAUACGGAUCCCAUCCGAUGGAACCAAAUGGCCGACAACGAGAUGAAACUCUAUUAUGACAUAACAUUCCCGCGAUCUGUCGACUCCCGUAAUGUAGUGACGGCUGUGUCCGCAAAGUUACGCCUUUUUAAAUUCAAUGAUCCGCCGAACGAACGAAUCACUGCUAAUAAUAAUAUGGGAAAUACAGUUUCCGACAGAGUCUAUCAAAUGUCAUCUCAAGAAGGCUUAACCGUUUCGUUAUACCAAUACAUGAGACCAUUGCGACCAAACAGAAGAGAGAAGAAACGGUUGUUAGACAGCCGUACGGUUGCCUGGAAUAAGAGGGGUUACAUUGAAUUUAAUAUAAUCAAUGCAAUUAAUUAUUGGCAAAACAAUCCG